GGUCUCAAUUUGUCACUUCAAACCAUCUGACUAAGAAGUGCCUCUUAAAUCCUCAUCAUUUCCUUGUUAUCUGAUUUGCAGGAAUCCAAGACUUAAGCAACCAUGUCCAACUCCACUGAGGCAGAACUCAUUCACAUGUUUAAGGGAAUUCGCUUUACCACCAGGUCUUCUCCAGAACUUUUAAAAUCCUUGGAUGCUUUUGAUGCUAGAGAAGAUGAUGUCCUUUUGGUUUCCUAUCCCAAAUCAGGCACCCACUGGCUUGCAGGAGUUAUAACAAAGCUUUACGAUACUCAAGUUACAAUAACAUCUCCCAUUGAAUUUGGAGACAUUUCCAAACUGGAGGAGCUGAAUAAUCUCUCCUCAAAGAGAAUCAUUCCAACACACUUAGACUACAACAUGUUACCUCAGAAUUUUAAGAAUAAGAAAUGCAAGAUGAUCUACAUCUGCAGAAAUCCAAAAGACACUGCAGUUUCCAUGUAUCAUUACUACAGAGAUAACCCAAACCUUCCCACUGUAGAUACCUGGACUGCUUUCUUUGACUUAUUCUUAAAAGGGAACGUUGUCUGUGGAUCCUGGUUUGAUCAUUUCCUCAGUUGGGAAGCACAUGAAGAUGACAAAAACAUCCUAUUUUUGUUCUAUGAAGACAUGAAGAAGGAUCUCCCUAAGGUUGUAAAGAAAAUUGCUUUGUUCUUGAGUUUAAACGUCAGUGACAAAGACAUCCAAGACACCUGCAAUAAGUCCUCAUUCUCAGAGAUGAAAACUGACACAGAAAAGGAGAACAGCGAUCCCAGUCACACUGUGUGUGCUCUGACAUCCAACAGGAAGCUGAUUUUCCGAAAAGGUGUUGUUGGUGAUUGGAAGAACCAUUUCACUCCAAAGCAGAAUAGGAGGUUUGAGGAGAUAUUUAAUGAGAAGAUGAAACUCAGCAAGAUGGCAAAAUGUUUAACCUAUGAAGUUUGACUCCACGUGAAGGACAAUAUGCAGUUAACAACAAACGGGAUAUGAACAGACUUCUUAGAUCUGAAUUAGGAAUUUUACUCAUGAUGUUACAGAAAA